AUGGAUCCAACGAUAGCAUUCGGUGCAUCGAAUUCUGGAUCGCAGGUCGCAAUCAAUCACGGCCAGAUUAAUAACCAGUUCUAUGCUACCUCAAACCUUGCUGAACAGUUGCCCAUGGUGCAUGCAGCAGCUUUUGACUCAUUGGAGAAUCGGCAUGAAGAUGAGUGUCUCCAGGGCACGAGGACCGAUGUCCUGUACCAAAUUAGGGAGUGGGCUUUCUCAGAGCCAUCGCAGGGGCGAUGCAUCUUUUGGUUGAAUGGAAUGGCUGGAACAGGAAAAUCGACUAUCUCGCGGACAGCAGCAAAAUUCUUCAGCGAAACAAAAACUCUAGGGGCAACCUUCUUUUUCAAGAGCGGCGAGGGGGAUCGAGGGAAUGCGACGAAACUCUUUCCUACAAUUGCAGGGCAGCUAGUGAAUAACCUUCCAACGCUGAAACCCGGUGUGCAGAAAGCAGUACAGGAUGACCCCAGGAUUGCAUUCAAGGGGAUAAAGGAACAAUUUGACAAGUUACUUCAUCAACCACUGCUCGCCCUCGUGCCACCUGAUCAUCCAAUCCGGACUUCGGUGAUAAUAAUUGACGCGUUGGACGAGUGUGAGAAUGAAAAGGAUAUACAACUUAUCCUACAGCUUUUGCCACAGCUACAAAUACAGAAAGCUAGUAUACGCCUACAAGUUCUCUUAACUAGCAGGCCCGAAUUACCAAUUCGACUGGGAUUCAGGAAGCUCACAAGCCGCAACCUAGUCCUCCAUGAAAUCUCGAAUGAAGCUAUCGAACAUGAUUUAUCAUUAUUCUUCCGUCACCGACUAUCGGAUAUAAGAGAAGAGCGGGAUCCUCCUCUCCCCAUUGAAUGGCCUGGAGUUACAAACCUCCAAAAGUUAGUGGCACUAUCUAUGCCACUUUUCAUCUUCGCCGCUACAAUAUGUCGCGUAUUUGAGGACCCUGAUUGGGACCCACAGGACAGUCUUCCGGAAAUUCUCGCCUAUCAGCAUGAUGAAUCCAAACUAGAUGGCACAUAUCUUCCUGUGCUGAAUCGAAUUCUUCGGAGACAAUCAGAAAAGCAAAGGCAACAGCUUGUACAGGAAUUUCAUAAGAUAGUGGGCGCAAUCCUGAUACUUGAGAACCCACUUUCAGUGACCUCACUUUCAAGACUUAUUGAAGUCCCCGAGAGGACCAUCUAUCUCAGACUUAACUCCCUACACUCAGUACUGAGUAUCCCUGACGACAAAGAUUCACCAGUGCGACUCUUUCACCUAUCAUUUCGGAAUUUCAUGCUUGAUCCUAAAACCUGCAGCAAGACUCCUUUUUGGGUCGACAAGUCUCAAGCACACCACACAAUGACAAUCCAGUGCCUCCGUGUACUAUGUCAGAUUCUUCGGAAGAAUAUAUGUGAAUUACAGAGCGAUGGAACCAAACGGGCAGAGGUUGACCGCCAGACUAUCAACAAAUACCUACCUCUCGAUUUACAAUAUGCCUGUCGAUACUGGGCAUUCCAUUUCGCCCAAUGUACAGAUAUUCAUGGUAUUAUGAAUACCGCAUUGUCGUUCCUUGGAGAGCAUUUCCUACAUUGGGUAGAAGCAUUGAGCCUACUAGGCUUUGCGUCGGAAAUAGGAGGGAUUAUUAGUACUCUUCAGAUGGCGAUAUCUGUAGAGCGACAUCCAGAACUAUCGGAAUUUCUUCGGGAUGCCAGACGUUUUAUUCACAGAAAUCACUAUAUGGCCAAUAAGGCGCCUCUUCAGAUUUAUUGCGCAGGGCUUAUUUUCACCCCCCAUACGUCAAUAAUCCGAACCCGGUUUGAAGCAGACAUUCCCACUUGGUUGAAUCAGCUACCGCAAGUUGAGGAACAAUGGAGUCCAGAGUUAGAAAAGCUUGAAGAAGCUACAGAUGAGUUAUAUUCACAUUGCUUCGUAGCCUUCUCGCCUGACGGUCGGAUGUUAGCGUCGGGCUCCGGUUGGGAUGAUACAGCCCUCCUCUGGGACACAGUGACAGGAGUUGUGCAGCGCAAACUUGGCUGGGGGGAUCCUCUCAAUGAGCCAGUCGAUUCAAUGGCAUUUUCACCAGAUAGUCAGUUAUUGGCUUGUGCUGGCAGGGAUGGGACGGUGUACCUCUGGGACACAGCGACCGGGGCCCUACGGCAGGUGAUUAAGGGCCAUCAAAUUUCGAUUGACUCAGUGGAUCUCUCACUUUCCAUGGCCUCUGGGGGUGUACCGGGCGUGAAGAUGUUUCCUAAGAGCCAAAUCUGGACUCGCUCGGUGGCUUUCUCACCAGAUGGUCAAUUCAUAGCUGGCACCCGGGAUAACACUCUGUGGCUCUGGAACAUCCCAACAGGGGCGCUACAGCUACAGCAGACGCUUGAAGACCACUUACUAGGUCCGACUUUGUCAGUAGCCUUCUCUCCAAAUGGCCGAUUGCUGGCGUCCAGCUCCUGGCAUUGUAAUUUAUACGGCUAUCAAGCUCAGAAAGACAACUGCCUCUAUGGUAUGAAGGAGCCGGUGUGUUUACCCUACACCCAUGGUACUUUGAAUAUAGACACGAGCGUCUUGCAUGUGGAUGAAGGGGACUGGGUCAUGAUUACAAACCUCUGGGACAUGCCGACGGGCACGCUUCAGCGGAGAUUUGAGAUCCAAUCAGGCUCCGUUACUGUCGUUUGCGAUCGUUGGGAUCCGAGCGAGCGACGGGAUAUAAUGCCCUUAUUUGAAAGCGAGGGGCAGCUGUUGAAACCCCACCUCUUAGAUGGACCAAUAGCCUUUUCCCCAGAUAGCAGGCUGCUGGCGUCAGGCUCUCAUGAUAAGACAGUGUAUAUCUGCGAUACGUCUACUGGAGUGGUCCAGCAGACACUCAAGGGCCAUUCGGGUCCAAUCAAAUCAGUGGCGUUCUCACCUAAGAGCCAGAUGCUAGCGUCUGGCUCCGAGGACAGGACAGUCUGUCUCUGGGAUACAUCAACUGGGGCGCUCCAGCAGACGCUCGACGGUCAUUUAGAUGGUGUCAGAUCGGUUUCAUUUUCGCCGAAUGGCUGCCAACUGGCUUCUAGCUCCUAUGACGGGACAAUUCGCCUCUGGGACACAAAAAUGAACCCGAUGCAGAAGAGGCUUGUGGGCCAUUCGUCGCAGGUUGAUAUGAUGGCCUUCUCGCCUAACGGCCGGUUGCUAGCGUCUGGCUCCUGUGAUCAAGCAGUGUGCAAAACAACCAUCCUGCUACAUGCUUUCAGUGAUUUGGGUGACGGAAUCAGAUACCUUAAAUUUUCUAAUGAUGGUUCAUAUAUAAUGAGCAAUAAUGGGCGUCACCACAUUCCGCCUGGAGUUAUUCAGCAGCCUUCAAACUCGAGUCAUGAAAAUCUAGAGAUCUUCACUGAAUGCUCGGGGCAGUGGGUCAAGUUGAACGGCAAAGAUGCACUAUGGCUUCCUCCUGAUUUUCGACCGAGCUGUCGCAGUGCAGUGCAUGGCGGCCUACUUGCUCUAGGCCAUCAAUCAGGACGUGUUUCUUUUAUAGGCUUUCGAGCAUAG